AAGAAGCGUCUCCUCUCCUGGUACAUCCAGUAAUUACUAUUCAUGAUGACACCCUUUCCCCCCCUCUUCAACAUUUCCCAAAACAGAUCCGCAUCACUUCCAGGCCUGACAGUUCUCUGUUCAUCUUCCCAUCUUCAAAGCAGUGGGGGGUGUACAGUAUCAGCAUCUAGGGCGGUGGGAGAGUCGGUCCUGAUGCUGAGAGGUUGAGAGGAAGUGCAUCCUCUUUGUCAGAACCAAGAGCAGGAAAGUUCCCCUAGCAACUCAUUGAAGCUUGGAUCUGGGGGUCAGAGGUCACCAACUAAAACUACGUUCCCCCCUUCCCCUAGUCCCUGGAAUCUCCUCUCCUUUGGUUUCCCCUGAGAAGACGAUCACCUGCUGAGCUUUUGAUGUCUGGCGACCCGCUCCUCGCCACGCCCUCCUAGUCGUCUCCUCGGAUAACAACGCUCAGGCCUCAAGAUGAUGUGCGAGGUGAUGCCCACCAUCUCGGAGGACGGGCGCGGCGGCGGAGGGGGCGGCUCGUCUUCUCCGGCGGGCGGCGGAGGAGGGAUGGGCGGCGGGAUGGGAGGCGUCGGGGGCUACGGCGGUCGAGACCCUCGCGGCGGCGGCGGAGGAAGCGAUGAAGGAGGAAGCACGGGGAACCUGGAGUCGCUGAUGGUGAACAUGCUGACGGAGCGGGAGCGGCUGCUGGAGAGCCUGAGGGAGACGCAGGACAGCCUGGGGACGGCGCACCUCCGCCUGCGGGAGCUGGGCCACGAGAAGGAGUCCCUGCAGAGGCAGCUGUCCAUCGCCCUGCCGCAGGUACGCAGGAACUCCAGGACACAAAAAUGGGAUUUGUCUUUUGAAAUCCUCGUUUUUAUCCUCAGGUGUGGAUAAAUCGUCAUGGUUUGAUAUAGUUUGACUGGUUUAUAUUAAUUUAUUCGUAUCUGAAUAUCUUAAAAAGAUGAC